AUGCCCGAGCUGACUUUCUUCCGCAGCCUGCGGAGGCAGAAAGCGCCGGAAGUGGCGCUGAGGAAUUCGGAGUUCGCGGAUGCCGGAGGUGAGACUAGGGGAGGGGCAAGCCGCAGGGAUUGCAUGAACGGCCAACUCACCCAGCAGGCGGAACCGGACUUUUCCACGCAAGAGGUGGCUGCGAGCGCGACGGAGGAGGGAGGGGCAGCACCCGAUGGUCGCAUUGUCGAAGCGAUUCGCAAAGAAAUCGACGAGGUGCGCCUCUGUCACGGCCGGAUCCCAGAAAUUUCUGUCCGCCGCGAACAGGGGAUAGUCACGUCGUCUCUCAGCUAUCCAACGCUGCGUCCUUUCCGCCCGUGGUGUUGUGCCCGCGACAACGGCAGUCCGGAGGCUGAAGCAGGUGACCUGGGGUUCCCGCAUUCCGCAGGGGAGGCGGCCGUCGCACCGACUGGGUGGCGGGAGAGCGCGGCCGAGUAUCUAAGUGCAGAAGUUGCAAGGCUUCUGGGCGAGGCGGUCGCGGCCGCAGCCAAGACGGUACCGACCGCGCGUCUUCAGUAUCGGCCCCGAACGCAUGCGUGCCCACACGAGGAGGGCGAGAUGCGCACCAGCCCACCGCACGUCCGUCCGUCUUCUUCUGAGCAGGCGAGACUGGCACCGUCGCAGCAUCAUCUCGACCAGCGAGGUCCAGAGGACGGUUGCGGCGCUGCCUGCAGCGUAAACAUCGGCAGCACUGGGCCGCAGGGCUCCGCGUGUGGCGAGCUGCGUUGCCCAUUACUCCCCGAGGGCGCAGAAGCCGACAAACACAGACCGAUUCUCAUUCUUUUGGGAGGGCCUUCAGGCACCGGGAAGAGCACACUGGCUCCCCUUCUUGUUCACCUUUUGAUGGCGAGAUCUCGGCGUGGAGCCGGGCCGCCUGCUCAGGCGCAGGCGGCUGCUGAUGGCGAGCCAGCGCCACUGAAAAACGCCGCAGACGGCCGUGGCGUGGCUCAGAACACAAUAGGAUGGGAAGACGGAUGCGUAGUCGUGUCGUCGGACCACACAAGGAAAGUCCUGCGAGUUCUUAGCCAGUCGCACAACGCGCUGCUCUUCAGCAGCACCUACGAGCUGCAGACUGUGGUACGAAAUCAGCUGGCGGGCCUGAGAGCGACUCCAAAAGGACGUGAGAAGGACUCAACCGGGUCGCAUUCAACAGACGCGGGCGAAGAGUCUUCCGCGCUGGCGGGGGACAGAGCAGAGCCCCGGACAGACGCGAAGAGCCAGGCAGAAGACAUCGCACGCAUGCGGAUGGAGGUGGAACAGAAUUUGGGGCCGUUUUCCGCGUGGUUUCCAGAACGGUGUCCGUCGUGCCAAGAGCUCUACCCAUGUUCUGCAGUGCUCGGACUCCUUCUACAGUCUGUCCUUUUGCAGCAGAAGACGAUCGGCACGACAAUCGACUGCCUUAUGCAAAGCGGCACAACACAGGCGUCCGACCCGGGGGGGAAGGAACGAGCCGAUCAAACGCCAAAAGAGGAGUGUCUGAAGGACACGAAAGAUGCUGCCGCACCCCUCAGACUCGUGGUCGUUGAGGGUGUUCAUCUCAGUCCGGCCUUUGUGAGACUCCUGCAGGCCCGGUACGGAAGACGAUGCCUCUCAUUUACGAUGUACGUACCCUGUAGAGAGCAGCAUUCGGCUCGUUUGCAGAGCAGGAAAGAUGACUCUUGUCAACCAGCGGUUUCCUCCAACGGAACAGAGCCUCCUGAGUCACACGUUCCAGCAGCUUGCGAGGUCAGAAGCCGCCACGAGCCAGACUGCGUUUCCCGCGUUGGCGGCAGAGCGACUCCGCUGUCUGGGCCGCGUCCUCAGAGCAACAAUUCACAGCCAGAUUCCGCGGUCGAGGAGCCACGACGACUGCCAUGUGCGGUUGGAGGACAGGAAGGCAGCCAGAUGCCGUCGGUGAGGAGCUCGGAUCAGCACGGAGAAGCCCGCACAGAGAGUCUACAGGGUCGCCACGCGGGCGUCACACAUAGAGAAAACAAGUACCUGAGAAAUCUCUGCAACAUUCGAUGCCUUCAAAUCUAUUUGUGCCUAGCAGCUCAAAGCUGCGCUGCUGGAGCUCCGCCCGAGGCGGUCAAGCAGCAGGCAAUUGAGGCGGCUUGUAUACGGUUCGCCUCGGAAGCUGAACCCGUAUCUGGGCCCCGCAUCGAGGAUAGGAUGCGAGACGGGGGAGUGAGACUUGCUGACCUUGCUCGCCGCCGCAGUUGGGGGAACAAUGGGACGUACACUGUGCUGAACAGAGACGUCAGGAGCAGCCUCGAAUUCAUUUGCCGUGCCAUUGAGUCGCAAGGCUUGCAUGCGUAUUGA